AGUUGAGUGAGGCCACACAGGCGACCCCAGAGCCCCGUCUUGCAGUCUUUCCAUUCUAGUGAGCGCGAAGGUCAGCGUUGCCUGCGAGAAGGGCUUGGUUCCUCGGGUCGACGGGGUCCGGGAUCGGAGUUCUAUUUCGCUCAGGAUGGAAUUAAUCCAGGCAAGUUGGGCCGAGUUAGGAACAGGUUUAGAAUUAGGGUUAGGGUCACAGUAGGGUCAGGGGUCGGCAGUAAGGUCAAGGGCGCCCAGUGAGGGCGGGGAAAGCCUGGCCAGUCUGAUCCAGACCCCUCCCUUCGUCUUGCUUCUUCCUUAUCCGCGCCCCCACCCCUGGCGCCCCAGCAUCCUUUCGCGUCUGAGUCCCAGGCCCAUGAACUCCCGGGGCGGGGCCACGCCCAAGUGCCCGCCCAUCGCCGCCUCCAGGGUGACGCCCUCUAUGCAAAUAAGCCCGUCACGCCCAAUCAGCUCCCGGGGGCAGGGCCGCCCGCUCCCAAGGCACCUGCGGCCGCGGGCCCCUGAUCUUCGUGCAGCCGCCGCGGGUCCGUGCGCCCAGCGUCCCAGGGCUCAGGCCGAGCAGCAAUGCAUGAGAGCUGGAAGUGGAAGAGCUUGCAAGAUCAUUGUUCACUGUAAUGUUGAACUCCUGGGCUCAAAGAAUCCUCAAGCCUCAGGCUCCCACAUAGCCAGGACUACAGACAGAGAUCACUCCACGCAGCCUGGGACGAUGGGGAGGAAAAAAAUCCAGAUCUCCCGCAUCCUGGACCAAAGGAAUCGGCAGGUAACGUUCACCAAGCGGAAGUUCGGGCUGAUGAAGAAGGCCUAUGAGCUGAGCGUGCUCUGCGACUGUGAGAUAGCCCUCAUCAUCUUCAACAGCGCCAACCGCCUCUUCCAGUACGCCAGCACGGACAUGGACCGUGUGCUGCUGAAGUACACGGAGUACAGCGAGCCCCACGAGAGCCGCACCAACACUGAUAUCCUCGAGACGCUGAAGCGGAGAGGCAUUGGCCUCGAUGGGCCAGAACUGGAGCCAGACGAAGGGCCUGAGGAGCCAGGAGAGAAGUUUCGGAGGCUGGCAGGCGAAGGGGGUGAUCCAGCCUUGCCCCGACCCCGGCUGUAUCCUGCAGCUCCUGCUAUGCCCAGCCCAGACAUGGUGUACGGGGCCCUGCCGCCACCAGGCUGUGACCCCAGUGGGCUUGGGGAGGCACUGCCCGCCCAGAGCCGCCCAUCUCCCUUCCGACCAGCAGCCCCCAAAGCCGGGCCCCCAGGCCUGGUGCACCCUCUCUUCUCACCAAGCCACCUCACGAGCAAGACACCACCCCCACUGUACCUGCCGACGGAAGGGCGGAGGCCAGACCUACCUGGUGGCCUGGCUGGGCCCCGAGGGGCACUAAACACCUCCAGAAGCCUCUACAGUGGCCUGCAGAGCCCCUGCUCCACUGCAACCCCUGGACCCCCGCUGGGGAGCUUCCCCUUCCUCCCGGCAGGCCCCGCAGAGUAUGGCCUGGGAGACCCUCCACCGCCCCCUGGCUUGUUGCAGCCCCCCACCCUGGCCCCCUGGCAGCCCUCGAGGGGUGAUGGGCCCCCCGCCGUACCCUCCCAGCCCAGUGGGGGCCGAAGCCUGGGCGAGGAGGGCCCCCCAACCCGUGGCGCCUCCCCGCCGACCCCCCCAGUCAGCAUCAAGUCCGAGCGCCUCUCUCCGGCCCCCGGGGGCCCCGGCGACUUUCCUAAGACCUUCCCCUACCCCUUGCUCCUCGCCCGGUCCCUGGCAGAGCCUCUGCGGCCCGGGCCCGCCCUGCGCCGGCUGCCCUUGGCCGACGGCUGGCCCCGGUAGGAGACCCCUGGUGGCACAGGCCCAGGACUCUUGCCGGGCACGGCGAGGGCACGUGGGGACCCCACCUCCCUCCAGGCCUCUUCAGAGAAGACUCGACAGUGACGGCCCCCUCCUUGGUGGGGGCUUGGACUCAAUCCACGCUGGGGGCACUCCUUUCCUUCUUCCUCUUUGUGUGUAUACCUAAAAAUAAAACGCGCGUGGCGUCCGUAGACCAGA